AUGAUUAAAACCCAGUUGGCGAAUAUUCGAAUUAUACUCAGAGAAAUAGCCAAAAAACUUCGAAACUUCAAUCUAUAUCCAUCGAUUCCACCAUCAACCGAUGAAUAUCAACUUCGGACAGAACGUAUUACAACAAGAGUUUUCAUCAUUCUCUUGACGUUAUCCUUAUCCAUCAUUCUUCUCUACCAUUCCCUAAUUAAAAUUACAAAAACAGAUGUCCACAAAACACCCACAUUGGAGAAAUAUGAGCGUUUCUAUUCACUCUAUCCAAAUACAUUAACAUGUCCAUGUAAAAACAUCCUCAUUCCGUAUGCUGAAAUCGUUGAGAUCAAAUACAGUUUACAUGAAGUCUGCUCGUCAGAUUUGGUUAGUCUACGUUGGUUUCACUAUCUUCGGGACCAUCAUGAUGAAAGCCGAAUUUAUGAAAAAGACUUUCGUUCAACUGGCUCGUUCACAUUUCAAGCACUCGGCGGUUUAUGUCAGUUAGCGAAUCGAACCAUCGCUGAUGGUUACUCUCAGUUUUUGUUAAAUCAGUAUAUAAGUGCAACAAUCGCAUCCAGAGUAUUAUUGGCAUCAGAAGUAAAAAUUUUAGUUGGACAAUUUCUUUCGUUAUCGACAAAUAGUUUUCUUCGUUCGCUGAAUAUGAUUCGUAGUACAAACUUUGUCGAUGCCUUUUAUUCUGAACGAAAGACCAAUUACUUGCUUGAAAUCCUGAAGAUAGUCGGAAUACAUCUCUUUGAAUCACCGGCUGCGUACGCAGAUUGUCGCUGUGAUUUAUCUGUUAAAUGCUCAGCUCCGAGCUCAAUCUAUGAAAACCAUAACCAACCUCCAGUAUUCACAAUUCCUGGUCUUUAUCGAGGUUGUUAUAUCAUGGAAGCACUUCUCCAAUCAAAUCUAAAAUGUUUUUACAAUCAAACAUGUGUACGCCAAUUGCAAUCACAUAUAAACUCAACAGUGGAAUUCAGUCUUACUGUUCUUCAUAACCAAAAUAAGAGUAAAUAUCCUACCAAUUCAACCAUCGAGCAAAUACUCACUGAACUAAUGGUCGAAGAGUGGGAAGAAUCCAUCGACUAUGAGAAGUACUACAAAGUAUGUGAACCAGUUGAAUGUAGUUAUAGUUAUCAAACAGGCAAUGAGAAGGUCUAUAUUGUGACAGCAUCAUUUGGACUCGCAGGUGGCUUAGUUAGCGUAUUAAAGACUGGUGUACCGAUCGUAAUUCGAUUCUUUCGAAAGAAAAAUUCCGCUUCAACGGCACCUGUCGAAGUCAAUAAUUUCAAUUUAUUUCCGUCGAUUCCACCAUCAACGAAUGAAAAGGAUUUAGAAUAUGAGCGGCUAUCAACGAGAAUUUUUCUUAUUCUAUUGGUUUUUACCGUGGCUAUUCUUUCCUUAUAUAAUGUUCUACUCGUAACCAUCACAAUCGACAAACCACCGCAUCCAACUCUUGAAGAGUAUGAAGAUUUGUAUUCAAUUUAUUCUAACAGUUUACUAUGUCCAUGUAAGAAUAUUUUAAUUGAUUAUAGCAAUAUCCUCCAUGUUGAUUACACAUUGCAUGAAGUGUGUUCUUCACACUUUAUGAAUCGAGGUUGGCUUGAUUCAGUCCAUACUUUUGGUUUUUUUCAGAUGAUGAAUCGAGAAGAUUUUCGUAUAUCAGGUCAUUACCUAUUCAAAGGUUUGAAUGAUUUAUGUCAAUUAGUUAAUCGAACGAUAGCGGAGAGCUACGCGCAGUUUCGCUUGAAUCAGUAUCUUAGUACCACAGUCGUGUCAAGUGAACUAUUCAAAUCGCAAAUGGAAACCUUAGUUGAACAGUUCCGAUCAACAAUAACAAAUAAUUUUCUUCAUCUAAUUCACAUGAUCAGACAAACCACACAUACAAACGCGUUCUACUCUGCUUUAAUAACAAACUAUGACCUCUAUGCCAAUUCUGUGAACUUACGCAUUGCAACGAGAACAACUGUUUACGAUGAAUGUCGAUGUGAUCUCUCAUCUUCAUGUAGUGUUGACUAUCCAAUCUAUUAUCCCAAUACGAAGAACUUAACGUAUUCCGUUCCUGGUCUCAAACGCGGAUGUUAUAUACUUGAUGCGCUUCUUCAAUCGAAUCUGGGAUGUUUAUAUAAUGCGACAUGUCUGAAAGAAUUAAAGUCACACUACAUGUUCAUUUUUGAUCGAGAAACUCCGAUAAAACCUUUGAAUCCAUCGCUUUCAAGUAAAUAUGCUCCUAACUCAACUAUUGAGCAAAUCUUGAGAAAACUAAUGAUCGAAGAAUGGAAUCUAUUCAUUAAAUAUGACAAAUAUUACAGCCAAUGUCAACCUGUUGAAUGCAUUCAUGGUUACCAAAUAAAAUAUGGCUUAAUUCCUAUCAUAACACUAUUAAUCGGACUUGUCGGCGGACUAAUUUCGGUAUUAAAACUGGUAGUGCCAAGAUUUGUAGCAGUACUACGAUGGAUUAUAACAAAAUUGAAGAAUAGAAGAAUCCUCCCUGAAACUUCGCCUUCAAAUGAACGAUGA